CCCACAAUUCCUCGCGCAUGCGUAGAGGACUCAGCUGUCACUAGCAAGCGCAUGGACCUGCUGAUGCUAACAAACAUUUUCUGAGCAACAUCAGCACUUAGCUGUCCUCCUACUGUAAUAACAACGCGAAUAAGACAUGUCACGUCUCAGUUCAGUUCAACAGAAGGUGCCAUGUUUAUUUUUGACGGAAGUGAAACAGGAACAAUCCAGAAAACGGCUUGGCCAGCCGUUUCAGGUUAUUGCCACUGAACACCUCAACCCCUUGGCGUUAGAAUCUAACGUGGAGAGUGCGCUGGCCACAGAAAAACUGGAUGGCACCUGCUGCUAUGUGACAUAUUAUGAAGGGCAACCAUAUCUCUGGGCUCGACUGGACCGAAAGCCUACCAAACUAGCCGACAAGAGCUUCAAAAAAUAUCAGCAUUCUCACAAAAGUUCUAAAGGUUUCACAUGGAAGGUAGAGGAGGACUUCAGGACCGUUCCAGAGGCUUGGAUCCCCGCUCACGGUGUCAAACAUCACGAGGGAACACCAGUCCCCGACGAUCACGGACAUAUUCCAGGCUGGGUUCCGGUGCAGACGGACAACAAGCAGUACUGCUGGCACUCCUCCACCGUGGACUACGACGCCGGGGUCGCCCUGGUCCUACGGCCCGGAGACCAGAGCCCCGACCUGCUGGAGCUGGCCCUGGUCCCCCUGGUCGACCUGAUGGAGCAAACACUGGAGCUCAUCGGCACCAACGUCAACGGGAACCCGUACGGGAUGGGGGCCAAGAAGCAGCCCCUUCACGCCCUGGUGUCCCACGGCAGCGUGGGGGUCGGGGGGCCCUCCUCCCCCCCCCCACUGGACCUCCAGGGCCUGACCUCCUGGUUCCAGGAGAGCCGCGAGGGGGGGGUGGAGGGCAUCGUGUGGCACUGUGACGACGGCACCCUGGUCAAGGUCCACCGCCACCACCUGGGUCUGGGCUGGCCGGACGGCGACUGCUCCUUCAGCUCGAGGCCCGUGGAGGUGCGCGUCGACUGGACGGCGGACCAUGACUACCGCCUCCACACCAAGGAUCUGUUCGCCUCCCUCUCCCGGCUGGACGGACAGCGCUUCAGCCGGCUACAGGACGUCCGCUUCGACACGUAGCGCUUCAGCCGGCUACAGGACGUCCGCUUCGACACGUAGCGCUUCAGCCGGCUACAGGACGUCCGCUUCGACACGUAGCGCUUCAGCCGGCUACAGGACGUCCGCUUCGACACGUAGCGACGUCCAGCCCUAGACUCUAUACUUUCCUUUACAACAUUUGAUGAGAUGCCAAACUCUCGAGCCAAUUGCCACAGCUGCUUGACAUUACCCAUAAUGAAGAUUGAAAGCUUUGUGCUGAAGAGGUAC